AUGGGCAAUACUUCACCAAUCGUAGCAGGAUCAUGGAGAGAAAAAUCAGGUAAAAUUUGGCACUGCACACAAAACGGCAAUCAAUUUACUUGGACUCAGGAAGGCACAGGAAGACAAGCGAACGGAACCAUUGUUGCUGUUUCUAUGGCUCCAGCUUCAUUCUCCAUUCACAUCACUUUUGAUGGAAAUGUUCAUUGGAAAUUGACUCCAAGUUUGGAUGGAACUGCAUUGACUGGUAAAAGUGAUACUUUUUAUCGUGUGAGCACAGGAGUUGCAUUGGCACCUGCAACCAUUCACAAUUUGGCUGGUGUUCCUUCUCAAACUUUGAAUACCACUCCUUCUCACACUUUGAAAGCCAUGCAUGUGAAUUUGAUGGGUGUUACUUUCAGAGAAAAUUCAGGAAAGACUUGGAUUGUUGAAUCACAACCACACACUGGUUAUGUCAUCUUGAAAAAUCAACAAGAUUCAAGAAGAGCCUAUACCUACAUUGUUCGUGAUGUUUCACAAAACAAGUACACUAUUUUCAUUGAUUUCCAAGGAGCUGACACUGCUUUCCGUGUUGACACUUUUGAUAUCAAUACUUGGCCACUUCAGAAUGGAGAUUGUUUCAGAGCAAUAACCUCCAUUGUUCAACCAUCAGCCACUGUGGUCACAACAACCACAACACCAGUCUUCAAUGUGAAUAUUGGAUCAAGUGGAAUCAGUGUCGGUGUUCCAACUCACACAACAACCACCUAUGUACCUCCACCAACAACAUACGUUCAACCUCAAACAACAUAUGUACCUCCACCAACAACUUCCUACAUUCCACCACAACAAAGUUAUGUACCUCCGCAACAACCACAAUACGUUCCACCUCCACAACCUUUCUGUGGUGUUUCAUCAACAACAUUUACUCCACCAGUGACAACAUCAAUCUAUCCAAAUAUGACUGUUAGCAGCAACCCUUACGGAGGAAUGAAUCCAAUGGUUAAUUCAAUUGUUCAAGCUUGUCAAAAUCAAAAUUUUGACUCUGACAAGCUCAAGACUGUUAUCACCUAUUCCCAAUCUCAAAUGUCACCAGUGGUUGGAACCGAUAUCAUUAGGAUCAUUGGCUUGUUUAACUUUGAUUCCGACAAGUAUAAGGUUAUUCAACAAUUGAGAACAACAAAUAAUAUUGCUGGAUUGGACUCUAACACCGCUGCUUCUAUUUUGAGAUGUUUCGCUCAUGACAGUGAUAAAGUCAAAACAGUCCACGAACUAUGUCCUUUCAUUUGGGAUCGCAGACAAAACGCAGAGGUUAUUGUGGGUUGUUUCACUUUCUCCACUGACCAAACCAAGGUUAGAGACUAUUUGUUCAGAAAUUAA